CAAGUUCAACUUCACUAAAGUUGGACAAGAGGAGGUUCUGUUUCAAUUUGAAGCUAGUGAAGACGAUGAAGUCCAGUUCCAUCCAAAUGCUCCGGUUGAUUUUGAGAAUUCUCCAAGUUUCGUUGCCAUCAACGUUAGUCCUAUUGAGUAUGGGCAUGUUUUGCUGAUUCCCCGCAUUUUCGAGUGUUUGCCUCAAAGGAUUGAUCACGAGAGCUUACUGCUUGCGCUUCACAUGGCAGCUGAAGUCGCUAAUCCAUAUUUUCGUUUGGGUUACAACAGCCUCGGUGCAUUUGCAACUAUUAACCAUCUUCACUUCCAGGCUUAUUAUUUGGCUAUGCCCUUUCCUAUCGAGAAAGCUUCCACUAAGAAAAUUGCAACUUUGAACGGCGGAGUGAAGAUGUCUGAAUUGUUGAAAUAUCCGGUUCCAGGUCUUGUCUUCGAGGGCGGCGACACACUUGAAGAUUUAUCGAAAGUUGUUUCAGAUGCUUGUAUCUCCCUACAAAACAACAACAUACCUUACAAUGUUCUGAUUUCUGACUGCGGAACACAAGUGUUUCUCUUACCACAGUGAUUUGGAUUCAGUCAGCCCAUUUUCUGGAAACCGGUCCUUAAUGGAUGGACUGGCUAAGGAAUUUGGCUUUGUCACAACAAAGCCCUAUGGAGUCUGGUCUGUGGGAGGAGAGAAAAAUAUUUUUAGUCUUGCUGGAUGGAGUACGGAAUAUUAGAACAUCCUUACAUUUGUAGCUUUCAAAGGAGCUGCUCAUUCACAAUCAGAGAGUAAAUUCGCUUUUCUACCAUUCGGUCAGUACCGAUGGUUUUGUUUGCUUUACGAGCGAAGCUCGUUUGUGUGAUAUUAUUGUAUGCUUCCCCUUUUUCUCGUAGGUUGUUAGUUUAGUUUAGAUUUGCACCCUUUGUAUGAUAACAUUAGGUAGCAAGCUUUCCCCCUUAGCUUAGGUUUUCCUCAUGCAUUCUUUAAAACACAAACCACACUCUUUGAUUUUCUUUUCUUAAGAGCUUGUUAUUUCCGCUCCAUUCCCAAGCAUAAGUCUCCAAAGGUCGAGCAGCGGAGUGUGAAUGUAACUCGUUCACCUAAAAAAACACAAAACAAACAGAAAUUAGUUAGCCGAGCUACGGUACCUCUGAUUUUUUGGCAGAAACAAACCAAGAAACUUAAUUUGUUUUCCUAUGGCUUGUUUUUAAAUAUUAUAUGACUAUUUACUUUUUAUUAUUAUUAUUAUUACUAGACCUCCAUUUAUUGUUAAAAUGUAUUGUAUUUAACUAUUCUAGGUUGGAAAUUUCUUAUAUAAGUAGGUUUGGAUGUUUUUAUAUGAACUGAUAUGAAAGUGGCGAUGAAAAGACUUUUUAAAUACACCAAAAAUAAAGAAAAACAAUUUCUUAACGAAAUAGAAAUACUAGCAAAGGUUGUGCAUCCCAAUCUUGUCUUAUUAUAUGGGAUUGGGAUGCAACCAUAUAAUAAGACAAGAUUGGGAUGCCCAACCUUUGCUAGUAUUUCUAUUUAGUUGAGAAAUUGUUUUUCUUUAUUUUUUGUGUAUUCAAAAAGUCUUUUCACCGCCACUUCACACCUGUCGGGUAGUUUUCCAUAAUGACUUUGGUAAUUAGAACGUGCGCCAAACAACCUGAAUUGAACUACAUUUGUUAAUAUAAUGCAAGAAAUAGAAUGAUUUAAGUUUCUCAAAAAUUGAAAGUCGUACUGUCUUAUAUAUAAAAAAGUGACACUUAAAUUAUUCAUCCUAGAGUAUUAUAGUGAUAUUAAAAUUAUUAAUAGCAUAUAUAUGUAUAUAGAAAUUCACAUAGCUUAAAAUGAAACGUUCUCUUUCUCUAAUUGACAAGUUCGUAAAGUUUAUUUUUAAAUCUUAUAUACAUGAAUAUCAAUCUCUAUGAAUUGAUUUUGAGAUCGAGAUUAUCAUUUUAAAAUGAUUGAAAACUCUAACAUCCACAAAGAAGAGUUCAGUAGCCUAAUUUAUUGAGGAGAGGGGAGUUUGAGAAGAUUUCUUCUAUUUUGUUUUUCCUACCUUGUGCCUAGUUAGUUGUUUAUUUAUAUCAUCACUUUGCUUACCAUCUCAAUUUGUGUUAGUAAGUCAUUGCAUUAUUUUC